CACUCCUGUAACAUGCACUGAUACACAUAAUCAUUACAAAACACACUGAUUAAAUAUCAGAUGGUCAGAGAAGGGUGUGUUUGACUGAUUUGAUGUAUUUGUUGUAACUGUACAGAGAGACCAAAAGCCGUUCUGACUCUGCAGCCUGAUGGACAGAUAUUCAGUGGACAGGAAGUCACUUUCACAUGUGAAAUACGAGGACAUGCAGACACUGAGUGGAUGUACAGCUGGUAUAAAGAUGGUGUCCAAAUAUCCGUCUACACUGAGAACAGCAAAUAUUCAUUCACUGCUGUAGAGUCUCUCAGCGCUAAAUACACCUGCAGUGGACGGAGAAGAAGCGACUCUCAGACCUCAGAGACCAGCAACACUGUUACACUCACUGUGUCAGCAGCGUUUAAACCAGUUCUGUCUGUACUGCCGAAUUCACCACAAAUAUUCAGAGGAGAGACGGUUACACUCACAUGUAGGAUUUCAGGAGGAAAUAGAUGGUACUACUGGUACAAAAAUGAUGAUAAUGUUCACAGUUCUGCUGGAAAUUACUACACUAUAAAAGUAGAUCAGAGUCACAAAUACAGAUGUUACGGGUCUAUUGAUGGACGGUCAACGCCACUGAGUAAUGAAGUGACUCUCUCAGUGAUAGAGAGACCAAAAGCCGUUCUGACUCUGCAGCCUGAUGGACAGAUAUUCAGUGGACAGGAAGUCACUUUCACAUGUGAAAUACGAGGACAUGCAGACACGGAGUGGAUGUACAACUGGAAUAAAGAUGGUGUUAAAAUUUUCUCCUACACUGAGAACAGUAAAUAUUCAUUCACUCCUGUAGAGUCUCUCAGUGCUAAAUAUACCUGCAGUGGACGAAGAAGAAGCGACUCUCAGACCUCAGAGACCAGCAACACUGUUACACUCACUGUGUCAGAAAAACCCAAACCGACUGUGAGAGUGAAUCCUCAGAGCUCCGUCUACACUGGAGACAGAGUUACUCUGAACUGUAAUCUGCUGUCUAAUGGAUGGACUUUUCUCUGGUACAAAGAUCGAGUCCAAGUAGCUGAAGACACCAACACACUCCAUGAUACAGUCUCUAAUGCAGGAGAAACAGUGUAUCAGUGUAACGCACGCAGAGGAAACUACGACUCAGAGCUCAGUGAUCCAGUUACAGUUACAGUUAGAGCGCUCCCAAAACCUGUGGUGUCCAUAAAUCCUGAUGAACAGGUGUACAGAGGAGAGACUGUCACUCUCAGAUGUGACAUACAGGAUGAAGAGGACUCUGACUGGAUCUACAGCUGGUAUAAAGAUGGUUCUGGUGUCAGUAGUGCACAGGAGUACAGAAUCAGUAGUGCUGAAACAUCUCAUGCAGAAAAACCUAAACCUGAACUCACACCAAGUCGUGAAGGAGCUGUACUGAAAGGAAACCCAGUGAUUCUGUCCUGUACACUGAAGCUGCAGUCUGCUGGAUGGAAGUUUUACUGGAUCAAACCCACACAGAGCACUGAGACUGCGACUGAAACACACCACUGCUUCAUCAGAUCAGUUAGUGUCUCUGAUGGGGGUCAGUACAGGUGCAGAGCUGGAAGAGGAAACCCAGUCUACUACACACACUACAGUGAUGCACUCUGGGUAAAUGUUACUGAGAGUCCUAAAGCUGUGGUGACCAUAAAGCCUGAUAAACAUGUGUUCAAAGGAGAGACUGUGACUCUCAGAUGUGAAAUACAGGGAGGAGGAGACACUGAGUGGAAAUACAGCUGGUAUAAGAAUGAUAAAACACUCUACCCAUACCGCACAACACAGGAGUUCAGCUCCAGCUCAGUUAGAAAUGAUAACAGUGGUAAAUACACCUGCAUAGGGAGGAGAAGCAGUGACUCUCAGAGCUCAGAGAUCAGUGAUGCUGUUACACUCAUUGUAUCAGAUGCAGCAGAGACAGUAGUGAGUGUGUCUCCACUGCGCUGGCUGACUGAAGGAGACUCAGUGACUCUAAGCUGUGAGGUUAAACACUCCUCUACAGGCUGGACAUUCAGCUGGUACACUGCUGUUCCCUACAGAAACGGCUUAAUUAAAGUAACAGGCCGUCGUGGCAAUGUAUUGUAUGGUUCAGAGCUCCUCUCAGACAGCAGCAGAGGAUCUGGAGGCUCCUACACUCUCAGUCCUGUUACUGUGAAUCACACAGGAGUUUAUAUGUGCAGAGCAGAGAGAGGAGAAUCAGUCUUUCACACACAGUUCAGCAACCUACAGCCACUGUGGAUCACUGGUGAAUCUCCUCCAGUGUCUCUGAUCAUCAAUCCCAGCAGAACUCAGCACUUUACUGCUGACUCUCUCUCACUGAGCUGUGAGGACCAGAGUGACUCUACUGGAUGGACAGUGAGAGGAUACACACACAGUGAGACAGUGUCUGAUUGUUCAUCAGUUUCAGGAUCUACAUGUAACAUCAGCUUCCUCUCCACAUCACACACUGGAGUUUACUGGUGUCAGUCUGAAUCUGGAGGACGCAGUAAUCCUGUCAACAUCACAGUGCACAAUGGUCAUGUGAUCCUGGACAGUCCUGUCCAUCCUGUGACUGAGGGACAUCCUCUGACUUUACAUUGUUUAUCUCGCAACUCAAAGACUUCAGCUUCUGGUGUUGAUUUCUAUAAAGAUGGUUCCGUCCUGCAGAACAAGACUACAGGAGAGAUGACCAUCAGUACUGUCUCAAAGUCAGAUGAAGGUUUCUACCACUGUAAACACCCAGAGAGAGGAGAGUCACCGAAAAGCUGGGUUUCAGUCAGAGACUCAGGGCCUGGAUCCAGUAUUGAUAUAGUAUUUGUGGCUGUGGGACUGAGUUUGGCCUUGCUGUUCAUCAUCCUUUUACUGAUCCUGCUUUGGUGGCACAAAUCCUACAAAGGAAAGGACAGAGACGUACAGCAGAACAGCAAUCAGACACCAGGCCAGAACCCGAGUCAGUCAGGAGCUGAGGAUUCUCAGUCAGCAUACACACCACUUCAGACCGGAAAUGUACACAUUUAUGCCACUGUGGAGAACGCAAGUAAAAGUGACGCUGCAGCUGAACUCAGUGGGGACAUUUACACAAAGGUCAUGAAGAAAAAGGAGCCACACAACAAUAAAAAUGAUGAUGCUGGACCCAGUGACGUGAUUUACACUGAGCUUGAACUCAAGCCACAGAAAAAACCAAAGAGAAAUCAAGUGAAGGCCAGUGUAGAGUAUGAAACUGUUUACUCACAGCUGAAGCAAAACACAUAGUUGUUGGAGGAGUGAGUACAAAGCUGAGAGAGAAGAAAGAGAGAAGUUCAUCAUGUGUGCAUUGACAGUAAAAUCGGCAUGAGAUUGGCUUGUACAGGUUCUUUGCACUUUUUUGGCUUAAAAUGUGUGUUUGUGUGUGUGGUGGGGGGGUUAAGAAUGUGUGUAUUAGCAGGGUGUAUUUUAUUGAUUACUUGCUCCGCUAUUAGGACUGGUUGUAAAGCAAAAGGAUUUAGUAGUAAUAUUAAGAGUAUUAAGUCAAUGUGACUGAACUUUUAUUCUUGAAAAUGUUUUUUCACUCAUGUGAGGGGCUUCAUCAUGUCAUCUGCGUGCAGUUCACACCUACAGAACUGAAAGCCGUUAAGAUCACAUACAGAGAUACACUGAUGUAUUUUCCACCACACGGUACAACCACAAUCUCCAGACUAUUGUUAAAAACAUCAUGUAUCAUUUCAUCAUAACAGAUCACUUCAUGGUUUCAUUUUAUUAAUCAAUACUUUAAAUAAAUGCAUGCAGAUAUCACAAACCACAGCAAGAUGAAUAUCAUAACAUUUCCUGUAGAUGGAACAUUUAUGCAUUUAACUGCCAAAUUCUACAUUGCAAAGCAAAAGAAAAACAAUCUAAACAUUAAAUUGUUCCUUUUUUUAAGCAAGCUUGUAGUGCAGAAAUGUGAGCUUGCUGAUGUUUUCUGCUUAAUCAACACAGAUUGUGAAAAGUACAGAGAUGGUUAGAUUUAAGGUAUCCAAAAUUACUUCCACAUAACAAACAAAUGCCAAACAUGUAUGUCUUUGGUUGCUUAAUAGCAAGAAGGCCUAAACUCCACCAAAUGCACCAAAUGUGGCGGUAAUGUCACACGUCUUCCAGAAACUAUCAUUGUAAAGCAAAUUUUAUUGCACUGUAACAAGCCCAUUCAAUAAUUCAUUCUUAUGCAUCAUUACUGUUGUACUAUACAAGAAUAAUAACUACAAGUAUUGCGGUAUAAAUAAUCAACUCUGUUUCUCAUUAAUAUUUUUAAGUCUAGCAAUACUGUACAUCUGCAGCAAACCGAUUACAAACAGAGGUAUAUUUGUUAAAAAUGUGGCCGAGGCUAAACGGAGAGCAUGAAAAAUUUCAUCAGGAAAUAUUUAAUCAAUCCUGGAUCACACAGACUGGCAACAAAGUCUACUGUAAGAUUCAAGUACACAUUCAAAAACAAACAAAAUGCUUUCAUGUAUUUUCUGUAUAAAUGGGGCCAUUUUAUUACUUUUAUACUCAUCUUACAACAGUGCUAUCUUCUGGCUAGAAUUCAUGUUAUAAAAAUCUAUGUGUUUGAAAAUGUACAUUUUGAAAUUUAUGUUUUAAAUUUGUUGUGUUUUGUGGAUACUAUAGCCUAUGUGUAUCUGUUUUUUUUCUAUUAUUCAUUCAUUUUUAUAUUUUCCUUAAAAUCUAUGCAUCCUCAAAACUGUUCUUGGAUCUGUUCCUCAAAUAAACUUUGACAAGGACAAUUUUUCGCCUGUUACGAUUAAGUCAUUUGCAUAAAUACACAAAUCUUUCUGCUAAUUAUUCCUGCUGUGUUUUAACACUUUUUCGAUUUGUUUCUUUUUUAGGGGGGUUACUCUUAUUUUUCUCCCUUAUCCUGACUACUGAUGAUAUCCUGUGAACCAACUCGCAUUAAUUCAUAAUCACAAGCGAUUUAGAAAGUUUAUUUAGAGUCCGUGCCGAAACUAUUGGAACAGGAAGGCUAAUUCAUUUGUUUGUGCUAUACACCAAAGACAUUUGGGUUUGAGAUCAAAAGAUGGAUAUGAGAUGAGCUUUUAGAAUUUCAGCUUUUAUUUACAUCUAGAAGUCUUAAACAACAUAAAACAUAGAACUUUUUGUAUCAGACCAUCCAAUUUUUAAGUGAGGUAUAGGAACAGAUAAGUCUUGAAGUAAAUGAAAGUAAAGUAAGUAACACUUAAUAUUUGGUUGCAUAUCCCUUGCUUGUAAUAACUGCAUCAAUCUCAUUGACCACCAAAUUGUUUCAGUGGGUUUCUCCCUACGGUCUCCUCUUCAGGAGGUGAAAUGGUGCUCAGCUGGGUUAAGGUCUGAUGAUUGAUUUGGCCAGUCUAAAACCUUCCACUUUUCCACCUGAUGAAGUCCUUUGUUGUGUUGGCAAUGUGAUUCGGAUCAUUGUCUUUCUGCAUGAUAAAGUUCCUCUCUGUUAGAUUGGAUGCAUUUCUUUGUAAAUUGUUAGACAAAAUGCUUUUCAAUUCAUUCUGCUGCUACCAUCAUGAGUUACAUCAUCAGUAAAGAUUAGUGAGCCUGUUAUAGAAGCAGCCAUGCAAGCCAAGCCAUGACACUACCUCCACCAUGUUUCACAGAUGAGCUUGUAUGUUUUGGAUCAUGAACAGAUCCUUUCAUUCUCCACAUUUUGAACUUUCCAUUACUUUGGUAGAGGUUAAUCUUGAUUCUAGACGUUUUGUGGUUCAUCACCAUUUGUUUGCGAAUUCCAAUCUGGCUUUCCAAUUCUUGCUGCUGAAGAGUGGUUUGCAUCUUGUG